UUGGAUUUGGAAUUCAUGGAGACACGAAAACUAAAAAAGUUAGGUGGUUCUUUGUUUGUACCUAGUACUGUUCAAGAAUUGGCCAAAGAAUCACUUGCAGAAGUCCCGGCACGUUACAUUCGCAAUGACCAGGACACGUUGAAUAAUAUCUCCGGUAUGUCUAUGGUAGAUCCAUCAGUACCUGUUAUCGAUUUGCAGAAAUUACUGUCACCAGAACCCAUCAUUUAUGAAUUAGAAUUGGACAAGCUUCACUCUGCUUGCAAAGUAUGGGGUUUCUUUCAGGUGGUAAACCAUGGGGUUGACUUUUUAUUGAUGGAGAAAGUGAAAUCAGAAAUCGAAGGUUUAUUCAAUCUUCCAAUGGAUGAGAAAAUGAAAUAUUGGCAGGAACAAGGAGAUUCGCAAGGAUUUGGACAAAACUUUAUUUUUCAAUCAAAAGUCCAGAACCUUGAUUGGGGAGAUAAGUUUUCAAUCAUCACUCUUCCCAAACAUACGAGGAAUUCUAGGCUGUUACCCAAACUGCCUCUACCUCUCAGGGAGACAAUUGAAUCCUACUCAUUUGAGUUGAGCAAAUUAAGCAUGAGUAUCCUUGAGUUCAUGGAAAAGGCUUUACAAAUGGAGACUAGGGUCAUGGCAGAGUUGUUUGAAGACGGAAGACAAGCAAUGAGGAUGAAUUAUUAUCCUCCUUGCCCUCGACCGGAGCAAGUCAUUGGAUUUACACCACAUUCAGAUGCUUGCGGUUUGACGAUCCUCCUUCAACUCAACCAAGUGGGUGGAUUACAGAUUAGAAAAGAAAAGAUGUGGAUUCCCGUUCAACCUCUACCUAAUGCCUUUGUAGUGAACAUUGGAGAUAUUUUGGAGAUAAUGAGCAAUGGCGUAUACCGUAGCGUGGAGCACCGAGCAACAGUAAACUCAAGAAAGGAGAGGCUAUCAGUUGCAACAUUUCAUAGCCCUAAAGUAGAUACAGAAAUAGGUCCAAUACUCAGCAUGAUCACACCUGAGACACCUGCUUUGUUCAGAACAAUCGGGUAUGAGGAUUAUAUGAAGAAAUUCUUUACUCGUAAAGUCUUUGGAAAAUCAUUGGUUGACGCUAUGAGGAUAUAGGAGAAGGUUAUGUAGACAAUAACCCGCUUGCAUAACUCAUAUGUGAUGUUUUUGUAAAAUAAUAUUGUUGCAGUACUGGACUUUGGUAUUCAAUGAAGUGUAAUAGUAUGGAAUGACUGACACCAGAGAUGUUCCUAUAUCCAUUACUUUUGUUUUGCUA